CCGACUUUGCAUUUACCCCCCUGUUAUAAAAUCUGCCUCUGUGUGCAACGAUGGAUUCGACGUAUCUUUCUCGUAGCGUUGGCGGUGGUGAAAAUCCGAGCAGCGGCGAACGUGUUUCGAAUCGCGAGGUGCGAAUUUCAAAUUUGUCAACGGCGUUUCAAACAAUGCCGACUGCCAACAGUAACAACAACCGCGGCCCGGACUCGGCAGCUCUAUCGACGACGCACAAAGCGACGCUGCUGGCUGCCUCAUCGCACCAGUCGCAGGUGCAGAAGCUCGAGCAGCAGCAGCAGCAGGUGCAGCAGAGUCGCCAAGCUGCCAACUCAAACUCUAACGGUUUUGCAGAGACCGCCAUUGCAAGUGCGCUCCGAACGACUCCUGCGACGACCACCACAACCACCGCACCACUAACAUCACACACUCGCCAUUCGCAGCUCACUGGACUCGCGGCUGCGGCUGGAGGAGACGCACAUGCUCAGCACACGGGCGAAACCGAUCCUCGUUUGCUCCAGCGACGCUCCAAGUCGUCGUCGUCCUCAUCGUCCCGAUCAUCAUCAUCAUCAUCAUCGUCUUCGUCGUCGCAUAGAUUGCAUCGCCGAUCAAAGGAGCGCAGGGACAUGGAGAGCGCAAUGCAAGCGCCGCAGACGCCCGCAGAAUGGCUCGACAAGGCCGAAACGCAAUGGUUUCAAGAGAUUCAAGCAGUCUCCCAGUCAAGCCCAGUUGCACUGGAGCGAAUCGGACAAGAGCUAGAGCUCAAGAUGUAUACAAACACGUACAAGACAGCGUGGUCGGCGGCUGGACAGUGCGUCGACGAACAGCUCAAGCUUCCGCGCACGGACGACCUCACCAUUGACUAUCUGUACCUUUCAAGUAUGUACGAAGAACUCUUCUCCAAGGUCGAUCUGAAGAGUCUGCUCAGCAGCCACUCGAAUGGCGUCAUGAUGAGUGCCAAAAUGUGCUUUGCGCUGGCUCAAGGGACGCAGCUCUUCCGCAUUCGUCUCAUCCGGGAGAAUCGAGGCCAGGACCAGCUCGAGUAUCUCGAAUCGUUUGCCGCAAAGCAACUGGAUGCCGGAGCCAGAAUGGCCACCAGCACUGACGCUUACUACAAGCUGCUGAAUGGUGUCGCAAGAGCCAACCUCGCAGCAGGAGAGGUGGAUUUAGCGCGCGGCACUGAGCUCGAGGACGACUGCUUUCUUUUCAAGCGCUAUCUGAAUUUUGCUGCGGCAAUUCUCCAAGAGGCUGCGUUGGAGCUCGCGCGAGAUGUCGCUCCGAUGGAAACCGAGGAGGCCGCACCAACACGCUUCAGCCAAUCUCGCAUUGAGCACGCAAGUGCACCGACAAGCAGCAUCAGCGUGAACAACACGGGAGUGACGGCCAACAUGCGAUCGCUUGGAUUGGCCUCCCAGCUGCCCGAGCUCAACAGCUCCCAGAUUGCGCACCUGAACGACGCCACGUCGAGCAACAGGACUUGCACCACAACAUCCACCAGAAACUUUUCUCAGCUAAACACGACCGCCACGAGCACGAGCUCAAGUGCCAGCUGCAGCGGCAGCAGCAGUAACUCGACCUGCAAUAUGAAUGUGUCCAUGCUCACUGGCACGUCAACUUCGACUGGAUUUUCCCACUCUCUCGUGCGACGGACUGCCGGCGACUCCCUGCUCAGCUCUCAGCCCAAGGUCACUCCACUAGGUCGGCUUGGCACUGGUUUGUUCCAUUCGUCCAACACUGGAUCCACCGGUCUCAUGCCUGUCGAAGCUGCAUCAUCCACAGGCACAUCGUCGCAGCAGCUGCUGCCUGCACGUCGCAUGGUCACCCUCGUUCCCCUUGCUCCGCCCGCUGCCAUUCCCGAGCCAACCCCAGCCUCAGCCCAAAGCGCGGCUGUCCGUUCAGACGAGCGAGUUGGACUCGUCCCGGGCACCGAUCUGAUUGUUGUGAAUGGCGUGUGCUACAAGCGGAGCGAAACCGAGCUUGGUCGAGGAGGGUCUUCAAUUGUGUACGCGGUCACCACCGAAGACGGGCAACAGCGCGCCAUCAAGAUUGUCAAUUUGGAAAAUGCCGACGAGCCCACCAAGAAGGGCUACAUGAAUGAGAUUCGCAUCCUCAAGCGCCUUGCUGGGUGUGCUGGAGUCAUCCAGCUGUAUGACUCGCAGUUGGACGAGGCCACCCAGAAGAUUUACCUCGUCAUGCAGCACGGUGGUCGCGAUUUUGCCAACUACCUCAAGGCGGUCAAAAAGCUGCCCUACAUGCAGGUUCGCCACUACUGGCGCCAAAUGCUGGAGGCUGUCAAGGUUGCUCACGAUCAGCGGAUUGUCCACCUGGAUCUCAAGCCCGCAAACUUUUUGCUCAUUGACGGCCGGAUUACGCUGAUUGACUUUGGCAUUGCAAAGGCACUGCAAAACGACAAGACGCAUACCGAGCAGGACCAUCAAGUCGGCACCAUCAACUACAUGUCUCCGGAAGCCAUCCAGGCCGCCAACGAAAGCGGGCGGCUCAACCUGAGACCUUCGAGCGACAUUUGGUCGCUUGGCUGCAUUCUGUACCUCAUGACCUAUGCAAAGCUGCCAUUCCAAACGUACUCGUUGCCUGUGCGCAAGCUCCAAGCUAUCGUCAACCGCAAAGAGGCCAUCGAGUUUGGUCCUGCCGAGGACCCGCUGGUUGUCGCCAUUCUCAAAAAGUGUCUCCAACGUGAUGCCAAGAGCCGACCCACCAUUUCCCAGUUACUCACGCAUGAGUUUUGCACCCACACUUCUUGAUUUGAUUGCAUUUUUUUGUUGGAUCUUGUUGCGAUUCUACUUUCCAGUAUAUUUGUGUAUUCUAACUCGGU